AUAACUACUACCGACUCAGCAAUAUAUGCGUGUAAAAAUGGCGACAGAAGAAGAACGUGUUGCAGCGGAAAUUGUGAGAUCUUUGGCUAGACACUUAAACUGCUUGAAUGGAGAUGAGAAAAACACAAGAAAGCGAGCAUUGGAGGCUAUAAAAAAAGAAACAAUAGAGAAAGACUGGUCAAGUACCGUGUUACAAGAAGUUUUUAACUGUCUGCUGAAUUCGCUUCUGAGAUGCCUAUCAGAUCCUAUGGAAAGAUGCCGAGAAGUUGCUAUUCAAAUAAUACAAGACUUUAUAAGAUGUGUUUCGAGACCAGAAUCGUCACUGCCUUACCUUUUGCCUUGCUUGGUUCAGCGACUCGGUGCUAAUGAGACAGUAGAAGCAGCAGAAGAGCUGCGGCUGUCCAUGGUGGAAGUUCUGUCGCUUAUUGUAGAGGUCUGUGAGAGGCACCUUGCUCCGUACCUGGACGAUAUGAUACAAAUACUACAAAAAACUAUAACUGACCCUUUCCCCGACGUUAUAAAGGAGAGUUGUAAAUGCACAAUACUUUUUGCCCGGAGUGUACCAGACCACUUCCACAUGCAAGCAGAGUGCCUGGUUAAGCCUUUGAUGCAGACUAUCUCACACCAGCAUUCUCGUGUGCGAAUGGCUAUCAUAGAGGCCACUGGGACUGUUGUCCGUUAUGGAACAGUGAAGACAAUGGAUGAUGUUCUCUCACACAUGGCACAGAGACUGUUUGAUCACUCACCCCAGGUGAGGAAGGCUGUGACUUUGGUUGUUGGUGACUGGCUUCUCAACUUCCGUGACAGAUACUCUUACUUCCACAAACUUCUUCCACUGUUGCUGAGCAGCCACAGUGAUGAAAUCCCAGAGAUAAAGGCUUUGGCAAUUGAUCUUUGGAGGCAAGUUGGUACUCAGUGGGAGAAAGAAAAUGAAGAUGAUCUGAAGGACAAAAUGGAUUUCUUGCUUUCCCCACCUGUGCAGUACCCUCCUGGAGUGGAUCGUCCAGGGCUGGGCUGCAGGGAACUGGUGGUGAGGAACUUGUCUAAGCUUAUGCCAGCCGUGAUCCAUGAAUCAAGGGAUUGGCUAGUGCAGACGCGAGUGAAGACAAUGCAGCUAUCGCAAGUUCUUAUUCUGCAUGCUGAAGAGCACUGCACGCAACACCUGCAGCAACUGCUCAUAACUCUCUACUAUGCCUGCUCUGACUCAGAACAAGCUGUCAGAAAAAAUGGUUUGGAGUCAGCCAGGCUCCUAGGGGUGUUUGUUACCCCCGAGGUCUUCCUCAAACUUAUUCUGGCUCAUGUGAAGAACUCUUCCUCAUGCUCCAGUUCUCCUUGGGCUCCUCUAAUGGUGUUUGCAGAAAUGCUGAAGGGGAGCAGCAGGAAGGUGCUGGGUCCACAACUUCUCCAAAUUGCACAAGUACUUUCCCAUCCUGAUGUCUGUCAGGAUUCUCAGCAGACUGUGUAUGUUGAGCAGUUGCUGGCAUGUGUGAAGGUUCUUCUGGAGGUGUGUGAGGAAGAUUGUGGCAUCAUCAGUCUACCACUACUAAAGAUUCUUGUGACUGUGCAGUGUUUAUCCACAGAACCGCAAAUCCAUUCUAAGGCAGAGGAUUGUGUAUUGUGCUUGUGUCAAGUGCAAAGUCUCCGUGUGCAUGAGCUGUACAGACAGCACAUGGCACAGUUGCUGCAAUGGUUGAUGGAAUCCCCAGAAUCCUGGUCCACAUACUCUAUCAAGAACACCCAACUGGAGAUUAUCGCCUUUCAGUCUGGUCCAGUGGUUGGAGAAUUUCUCCCAGAGCUCAUAUCUCUUUUGCAGAAUUGUUUAUUGCCCAGUCAAGAUCCAGAAAUGCGGCUGCACAUUUUUAUUAUGCUCUCCAAGCUUUUGUUGAAUUCUAGCACUACACUGGAUUCACAGGGGAUGUUUUCUAAGUCCCAAGAGGUGUUUCUGCAGGAACUCCUGUUACCUAAUCUGGUGUGGCACCCAGGCAAUACUGCUGCCGCAGUUAGGGCUUCAGCUCUCAGCUGUCUACUAGCUAUGCUGCAGGGCGGAGCUCUUUCAAAGGAACAGGUUCUAAAUAUGGAGACAGUUUUCAGUGCAUAUUUAAUUUCUGCACUGAACGAAGACUCACAGCUCUCUCGCGUCUUCGCCUGUAGAUCAAUAUCCUCAAUCAUUACUGUUACAGAACGAUGCCUUAACCCAGAUACACUCAACAAGAUCUACCCAGAGCUCUUAAAACGGUUAGAUGACAGCAGCCAGGAGGUGCGUGUUGAAGCUCUAAAAGCUCUGAGUGCAUGGCUCUCAUCUUUAGACACACAAACAUACCGCCCCAAUCUGGAGUUCUUUUUCCAGCAUUUACUGCUUUACUUAGAUGACCCUGACCACCAAUUCCAGCUUAUGGUCUUGAAUGUUCUAAAAGCCAGUAGUGUUGCAGAUCCUGAUCUUCUGCAGCAGAAAGUGGAGGAAGUGAGAGAGAAGCAGCGCAACUCUGAGUACUGUGAUCAGCUUCUCCAGUAUAUACAUUCCAUCUGAGGCAAAGCCAUCCAGUGGACUAAAUAAAGUUUUUAAAAUGUAUUAAUGAUCAUUUAUGGUUUGCUGCUUGUAAUAUUACAGGAUAUAGAUUAAAGUUAUAUGUUUAGCAGUAGUAUUGCUAUGCUGGAAACAAGCAAACAGAUGGAACCAAAUUCCUUGUGUGUGUCGACAGACUUGGCCAAUAAACCUGAUUCUGAUUCUGA